AUGGGUGUCUUCACUAAAAUAAUGUUCCAGCAUAUUAUUUUUGUCCUGUUAUUUGUUGAAUUCAAUGGAAAUCCAAUCUGCGCGGAGCUCAAUGAGACUGAACUUCGUCAAAUGUUGGCUGGAUAUUCGCCCAACGCUCUCAGCCUCGGUAUUUCUAGUGGUACAAUUAGUACACCUUCAAAUACUUCCUGUCCGAUAUCAUACGGUGCUGGCGCUCCACAGUCCGUGAGAUCAACGUGUCCAUGGUAUAAUGUAGAGAACACAGAUUACACUCGUUAUCCACAAACUUUACUGGAGGCUCGUUGCUAUGACUGCGACAACUGCAUCACAGAAUUGCCACCCAAUGGUUUGCAUGCGGUAUGGGAAUGUGAACGUGUCCUAUCCAGUGUAUGGGUUUUACAGAUAAACUAUAGUUCUUGUGUCAACGGCAUAUACCAGUACAACGCAGUACAUAUUGAUUUACAUACAUCAUGUGUAUGUGGCAGACCACGAAAGGCGUAA